UAAAAACCAGUACACUAAAGACAAAGGGGCUCCAUUUUUUUACUCCUUUUUUAUAGGUAUAGUGUAUAGGUUUAGUCGACGCGACCAUGUCCAGUUCCAGUCCCAGAUUGCCGAAGAAUCCAGACAGAAGACAGAGGCAGGUUAAGUUCCAAAUAGGAGAUGGCUUGCGAGCCAAUAAGAACAGUUCACCAAAAGUCAAAAACAAAGACAGCGAUUUGGUGAUCCCAUCGGAGCAUUUGAAGGUGGAGGAAAACGACGAGUUCCAGCAGCUGAAGAAUGUCUUCCAGAAACUGGACAUGACCGACCAGAUCGUCCUCUACCGCGCCUUCCGCCUCCUGCCCUCCGCCUGCUCCGCCCUCUGGCGCAUCACCCGCAAACGCCUGGACUUUCGAACGCUCCACAACGAGCUCAACUUGGAGGCCCAGAACCACCUACUCAUCAACAUGACGGAGCACUUCAAGUACGUCUACUUCGUGGCCAAUAAACUGCAGGAUAACCUUAAUACUUUGGAGCGCGCGGGUGUUAAGUCGCUAAACUCCGUGCAACGCUGUGAACUUCUGCUGAUGGAUGAGGGAUCCGGAUCGGAGGUGAGGAACACUAAUCACCUGGACGGAGGAGAUGCCGUCGGUGGAAAGGUAAUGGCCCAGUGGCCACUGCACGCUCUGCCCAAACUGAUGCGAAAUGUGCGACGCCUAAAGGCUCAUUGCAACAUCCAGGUGCACUUCAUCGGACACUUCGAGCACCUGGAACUGCUGGUGCUCUAUGGCGUAAUCUCACAAACUGCCCUCACGGGUCUCCUGGAGCGGUGUCAGAAAUUGACCAGGCUGUUCCUCAAGUUCGACUGUGACACCUUGAGCUUGAAGUCCAUCGAUAAUUGUCACAAGCUGAGGGACUUCUCACUUUGCGUGGGACUAUUUGCCCGCCAAAAAGAACUGGUGUUAAAGUUGAACGAUCUUCGUCUGCUGGAGUUGACACACUGCCAAAAGGAUGUCCAAGUAACGCUGGAGUGCCUGGGAAUCGUGUUGUCCCAACGACCCGACUCCGUGGAGCUGAUCCAAUUGGAUUGCAGUGGCUUUCAGGAUCCCAACUGGAUGAAGAAUGUGGGCUUGGAUCGGUGUAUUCGGAUGCGAGGAUUGGUCCUCUCCAACUGCGACUUCUGCGAUCGCGAGAUAUGCCAGCUGGCGCUGCCAAGGGUUCAGAAAUAUAUCGCACUGAAUAACUGCCACGACAUCAAGGACUACCAGGUGCUGGAUAUGGUGCACCGGUGUCCCGGUCUCUACGAGAUCUACCUGAUCGACUGCCCCCAGUUGAGCUGGAAGGUCCUCCAGGGGAUUUACCGCAUCCGUAAGAGCGAAAAUCUCGACUACCCCAUCACCGUGAUCCUCAGUCAGUGCACGGAACUCAGGGAGGUCUAUCAGAACAUGUAUUCAAACUACUGGUGCUUCAAGCUGCCCUAUCUCAAGAUCGAGCGGACCCAGAACGGUAGUCGACCCGUCGAAAAUAUCCAGGUGUUUUUUAGAAACAAACCCUAGAAUGUCCCAUUUUAGAUGCCCUUAACUGAUAUACAAAAGUACAUCUAAAUAUAUUUUGUUUAACUUUCCUAAAAA